UGAGGCAAAUUACGGCGAGUAAGCCUGAAUCGAGUCUCCUGUCUCCUCUCCCACUCGUUGCUCUGCUCUCUCGAGCCCGCCGCCGCCACCCGCCAGAGGCAGAGCUUGCCUGCCCGCCGCCGCCCUCUCCCGCCAGCCGAGCACCUCCACCUCCCUCGGUUCCUCCAACCGCCCACCUGACGCGCCGCUGCCGGUCUUCCGUCGCCAAUGGAGAAGGCGAGCAAGGAGAAGGAGCUGAGCAUGUCCUCCCUCUUGCGGAUGAAGCCCGUGACCACCAAGCCAAAGAAGCCCGCGGGGAAGAAGAUCCCGCCGGCGGUUGGGAAGACGGCAUUGGGGAAGAAGAAGCAGGCGGCAAAUUGUUGUGUUGCUGGUGCUGGUUGCUAAGCUGAUUGCUGCUGGCCUGCUUGCUGCUGUUUGCCCCUGCGACUACAGUGGCGCGCGGGCACUCGAGAGGCGUCAUGCUGGUGCCUCGCGCGAGCAGCGACGGCGCUGGGUCGAACACGUCCUCGACACGACACGUAGGUGCGGGGUGCGGGCUGGUUAUCGGAGCAAGGCGGAGAGUACGACACGGAGGUGCAGCUUGUUAGCGGCGUCGCAGAUGGAGGCUCUCUCCAUCUUGCUGGGAAAAAGAAGAAGAAAUAAGAACGCAAUUCGAUCUCCAAUGCUGCCAAGAAGAUUCUAGAGAUUUCAGUUGGCCGGUAAGUUGUCCAAUCCAGAAUUCUCCUUUCUUCCCGCCGUCCCCAAUUUGAAAUUUAAAUCCAGCAAUGGCCUUCAGCCCUUCACGCUAUAAAUUGUGCAUUUGUUCUUCCAUGGACAUACUAACGCUGCCCGCUUGCUUGUGUUUUCCUCUACCACUCGUUGCGCUGAUCGCUCGUCGCCAAAACCACGCCGUGGGCGCAGGUCCACAAGAGCUCUCCUGCUGACGCAGGUUCUCCGUCUUCUCGUCUUGUUGACUUCCUCGCUUGUCUGAUACAGAACAGUUCUCAUUUUCUGUUUCAGUAAAGGAUCUUUCCACAAUGCCGCAGAAUCCAAGCCAGCGCACUGCUAAAGGAAAAGAGGGUCCUUAUUCUGACUCUUUGAAACUAUGUAGUAUAUAUAUCAUAUAUAGAUAUAUAUAAUACAUUAGCACAACUCAUGAAAAUAAUAUACUCACUCAUCAUUCAUAUUGGGAUAAUUGUAACAGUGGUUAAUGAAUACGAUAAAGUAAAGCAAUGCUGCCCGAAAUUUGUGACACGUAAUCCAACAUGUUUAUUCAUACGUGAGCCGUCCAACACUUCAAACUUAAGUUAUGAGUCAGGUGAUGCAGAUGCACUGAUUCAAUUAGCUACAACAUUUUCCACUAAUAGUACGUUGACAUCAAUCGCCAGAAUGGAACAUGGAGAAAGCUCAAAAGGACGAAAGAGGUCCUAUGACUGUGCUCACUAUGCUAACCUCACCUCAGAACAAAAGAAAGCCAAGCAAGAUCGUGCUAGAGCACGCCGGCAAAGUUUAACACUUGAACAGAGGCAACAGAUGAAUGCACGCCGAAGAGCGCUUAGACCACAUUUAACAUCUGAAAAGAAGGAAGAGUUCAAUGCACGCCGAAGAGCACUCAGGCAGAGUUUACCACCCCAGGAGAGGCAUGCAUUGUUAGAUCGACGCAAAGCAAGCUACAGAAAUAAGAGAGACACCGUAUGCGUUGAAUCCAUUGCAAUGCGAUGCCCUAAACUAGGUGCUUCAUCAAUAGCCGACCCAUCAUUGAGCACAUCGGCAUCCACGAUUACAAAAGCAACCUUCGUUGAGGAUAUCAUGGAUGAGGACACCAUUCCUGAGCUAGGUGGUUCAUCAAUAGCCGACCCAUUAUUGAGCACACUAGCAUCCACGAUUGCAGAAGAUGAUACGUCAACCUUCCUUGAGGAUAUCAUGGAUGAGGACACCAUUCCUGAGCUAGGUACUUUGCCACCAGCCCAAACAUCAACGACCAUGCCUGAAUUCACCAUUGGAACUGAUGAUGAUGUUCAAAACUUCAUUAAUGAAAUCAUGGAUGAGGACACCAUUCCUGAAGAGGAUAUGGAUGAGGAGUAUUAUCUUUUUGCCAGUGAAGUAGGUGGGCAUAAUAACGAGGUGGUCAACCCUGAUGAAUCAAUGGAAACCUCUGCUGCUGUAAAUAGUGCCCUAGAUCCGUACGAUUAUGUCUACUCAGACAUCCCAGAAAGAACGCACGUAUUAAAGCCUGUGCCAGACUGUGAAUACUGUGGUGCAAAGAAAUUCGAAUAUGAGGUGAAGUCAUUCUGUUGUCGCGAGGGAAAAGUCAGAUUAGUAAACCCAGAACCGCCCCUAGAACUCCGAAGGCUUUGGUCAAGCGAAGAUACUGAUGCAAAGCAUUUCAGGGAUAACAUUAGGUUCUUCAAUGGACAUUUCUCCUUUACUACCCUUGGUGUUAACCUUGAUAACAAGUAUACAAACAUGAGGUCAGGGGUGUAUACAUUUCGGGGACAUGGUCAAAUAUACCACAACAUACACUCAUUUGGUUCAACUAAUUCAAGUCCCAGUCAUCUGCAAUUGUACUUCUAUGACGAUGACCAAAGUCUGCAGCAUCGGUUUCGGCACUCCCCUAAUCUCGACCAGGAGGUCACUAGAAAGCUGGUGGACAUCCUAAAGGAUAACCCAUACUCCAAAGCAUUUAGGAGUCUGGGCCAAGUUGAGAACGUAUUGGAAUAUCGUAUCACUCUGAACACCGAUUAUAGGAUGGACCAACAGACAUAUAAUGUGCCAUUAUCUUCGGAGGUGGCUGCAGUGUGGGUCGAGGGUAAUGAUCUGAUCAAAAGAUUUAAACGCAGUAUUAUUCUCUAUGGGAACAAUAAUGUGAAACAUCAUAUAGAACCAUUUUAUGGAUGUUAUGACCCGCUGUCCUACCCUCUCUUUUUUCCAAGAGGGGAGCUCGGUUGGCAUCCCCAUAUCCCAAAGUACGGCGUGUCCUUGGAGGAGGUACUUCGGUACCAUGACAAUAAUUCAAAUGACAAUCCAGAUAUGAAUAAUCGAUUGUGCGUCUCUGUGAGGGACUACUAUUGCCACAAGUUUCAGAAGCGUCCUGGGAUAUUCAAUGCCGUGCUAUAUGGCAAGCGUCUACUCCAACAGUAUGCAGUCGACAUGUAUAUGAAGAUUGAGGGUACAAGGCUUGACUACUAUAGGAUUCAUCAUAAGGAGCUACGUGCUGAUCUAUACAAAGGCAUUGUCGACAGCUUACAGGCUGGAGAGAGUCGUGCAGAUGCGGUAGGCAAAAGAAUUAUACUCCCAUCAACAUUCAUUGGGGGCAAGAGAGAUAUGAAGCGAAGGUUCAUGGAUGCUAUGGCCUUGGUCCAAAAGUACGGAAAGCCAGAUAUUUUCCUAACGAUGACAUGCAACCCCAAAUGGGAAGAGAUAACCAAUGGAUUAGAACCUGGUCAGACACCCCAAGAUCGCCCUGAUCUCAUUGUUUGGGUAUUUAAAGCCAAGCUGGAGGUAUUGAAGAUACAACUAUUCAAGAACCACAUACUUGGCAAAGUGAUUGCUUAUGUUUAUGUCAUUGAAUUCCAAAAACGGGGCCUUCCGCAUGCUCACUUUCUGUUGAUCAUGGAGUUAGAUUACAAGCUCUUAGUGCCAGAACAGUAUGAUCAUAUCAUCUCUGCCGAGCUCCCAGACAAGCAAAACUAUCCAGAACUAUAUGCAAUGGUUGUGAAUCACAUGAUGCAUGGUCCAUGUGGGGUCUUUAAUCCCAAGAAUGUGUGCAUGCAGAAUCGAGCCUGCAAGAACCACUACCCACGUCCAUUCAACCCCACCACACUCCAAGGAAAGGAUGCAUAUCCUGUGUAUCGAAGACGUGACAAUGGCCGUCGUGCUCAGGUUCGAGGACAUAUGCUGGACAAUAGGUGGGUUGUGCCAUAUAACCCUUACCUUUUGAGGAUGUUCAAUUGUCAUAUUAACGUCGAGGUGUGCUCAAGCAUCAAGGCUGUGAAGUACUUAUUCAAAUAUAUCUACAAGGGCCACGACCGAGCUUUGAUGUCUCUAGAUGAACCUGAUAGCAAUGGCAACAUUGAUGAGAUCAAGCAGUACAGGGAUGCAAGGUGGGUUACGCCACCAGAGGCACUAUGGAGGAUCUAUAGUUUUGACCUGAGCGAGAUGAGACCAUCUGUGAAGCAACUACAACUUCAUCUCCCAGAGAUGCACAUGAUCUCUUUUGAGGCUGGACAAGAUCUUAAUGACGUAGUCACUCGUCAUGGUGCCUCGAGGACAAUGCUUACCGAGUAUUUCGAGGCGAACAAGAAAUUUCCAAAGGCUCGAUAAUUGUUGUACAAGGAUUUUCCAUCAGCAUUUGUAUGGGAACCAGGUCGUAAGAUAUGGAAAGAGAGAGUACAACGUUUUCAGGUAGGAAGAAUUGUGUCUGUCCAUCCAAAUGAGGGGGAGCGAUACUAUCUUAGGGUGCUCCUAAACCAUGUUAGAGGUGCAGCCUCCUUUAAGGACCUAAUGACAAUUGGUAAUCAUGUUUGUUCAAGUUUUUGUGAAGCUGCCGAAAGGAGGGGUCUUAUUGACUCUGACAAUACAAUCGAUGACUGCCUUAAGGAAGCUGAGUCGUUCCAAAUGCCAUCCUCCCUUCGGAGGCUCUUUGCAAUUAUUUUGGUCUAUUGUGAGCCUAAAGAUGUGCGUGGGCUAUGGGAUAGGCACCUAGAGGCGAUGUCGGAUGACUACCGGCGUUCCCAUGAGUGCCCACAUGUGGUGGAGCAGAAGGUGUUGCAAGACAUCAGGGAUAUGCUGCAAUUGAUGGGAAAAGAUAUAGCAUCAUUCCCUCUUCCAGAGAUUGAUGAAUUGCAUGGCACCCUUAGCGGUGAGGAUAGGGAGAUCAUGGAGGAAUCCACAAAUGAGUUACGUGAUGAUUUUGCUUCUCUAGCGUCCUCCCUAAACAUUGAGCAGAAGUAUGCCUAUGAUGAAAUAUUGUCUGCUAUCGAUAGCGGCAAUGGAGGUGUCUUCUUUAUUGAUGGCCCAGGAGGUACGGGAAAGACUUUCCUGUACAAGGCUCUGCUCUCAAAAGUUCGCUCCCAGGGCAAGAUAGCUGUGGCAACCGCAACAUCAAGUGUAGCUGCCACCAUCAUGCCUGGAGGUAGGAUUGCCCACUCAAGGUUCAAGAUUCCCCUUAGCACUGAAGAAGGUGUUUUAUGUAGCUUUACGAAGGAAAGUGGAACUGCCAAGCUCCUCCAGAUGGCGUCUCUUAUUAUAUGGGAUGAAGCCACCAUGAGAAAGCGUCAAGCAGUUGAAGCGCUUGACAAUAGCAUGCGUGACAUCAUAGGACAACAGGAUCUGCCAUUUGGGGGAAAGACUGUUGUGUUUGGAGGUGACUUUAGGCAAGUGCUUCCCGUUGUGCGGAAGGGAACAAGACCACAGAUAAUAGAUGCCACAUUGCGUAACUCUUACUUAUGGAGUAGCAUGCGGCAAUUCAGGCUUAUCCAUAACAUGAGGGCACAAAGUGAUCCGUGGUUUGCUGAUUUCCUACUGCGCAUUGGGAAUGGUACUGAAGAAACCGACAAUGAUGGUAAUGUACGGCUUCCAGAAGAUAUAUGUGUGCCAUAUACCGGGAAGGACAGUGAUCUUGAUAGGCUGAUCGAACAUGUCUUCCCUGACCUAGACAAGAACCUCACUAAUCCGAAUUACAUUACCUCUCGGGCGAUCUUGACAACCAGGAAUGAUAAUGUUGACAGGAUAAAUAUGAAGAUGAUCGAACGUUUCCCAGGUGAGGAGGUGAUAUAUUAUAGUUUUGAUCGUGCGGCGGACGAUCCCCACAACUACUACCCCUCUGACUUUCUGAACUCACUCACCCCAAAUUGGCUUCCUCCACAUGUUCUCAAGUUAAAGAUUAACUGUCCUAUUAUACUGCUACGGAACAUAGAUCCUGCAAAUGGACUAUGCAACGGUACGAGACUGGUGGUCCGUGGGUUGCAGAAAAAUGCUAUCGACGCUGAAAUAAUAGUAGGACAAUAUUCUGGAAGGAGGGUGUUCCUGCCUCGGAUACCCUUGUGUCCCUCAGAUGAUGAGAUGCUCCCUUUCCGUUUUAAAAGGAAGCAAUUCCCUGUCAGGCUCAGCUUCGCCAUGACAAUCAACAAGGCACAAGGACAGACAAUUCCUAAUGUCGGUGUAUAUUUACCCGAUCCUGUAUACUCUCAUGGUCAGCUAUAUGUUGCAUUGUCUAGAGCUACCUCAAGAAGGAACAUUAAGAUCCUUGCCAUCCCUGACAAGGACAAGAGUGGCCGGACCAAAUCUGCCAAGCCUCCUAGGACGAGCACGCCAAACAUUGUCUACAAGGAAGUCCUUACCUCUUAGAUAUUUGAGCCAGCGGUAUAGAGAUCACCAUGUAAGACGUCAUUUUGUUAUAUGAGAAUUGGAUAUGAGGAUGAAGAUAUUGAUGUACCUACUUUGAGAAAUGUACCAUGGUCAAGGGAGUACAGGCUUUGCUUGUUUCUGUAUCUCAACAUUUUUUGUUGUCUUUCUUAUUUUUUAAUAUAAGUUCUAUGCCUCCA